CAGCUACCAUCUACACAGUACACAGUACUACUAGACCUUCAAGAUCAGAUCCAGAUUGGAUGUUCGGGUGCUUGAGAUCCACGCCUUGAAUAAGCGCCCGCCAGUCGACGUCCCGCCGCUUAUCUGCAUUCCAGUCGCUUUAUCAUCGCCGCCUCCUCCACUUCACUUCACUUCUACCUCUACUCUCUACCAUCGACCUUCUCAUCUCUUUCUUCCUACACUCAUAUCCUACUACCCACAACACAAUGAACACAAUGACCAUGAAUACCUCACCACCUCAAUCUCUCACCUCCUCUCCCUCCAUCGGCGCCCGUCGAUCCUCGGCCUCAUCCCGCCCAUCUCUCACCCUGGACAUGACCAACCUGCCACCGCUCUCUCAACCCACGCCCCCCUCCAACACCCUCAUCAUCACCGAUCUGAACGACCUCGUCCUCUUCCAACCCAACUCUCUCGCCGCUCUCCGCACCUACCUGGAAUCUCUCGCCCCUCUCAACUCCUUCUCCCCUCUCCCCUCUCUCCGCCGCAUCGUCUGCUCCUUCCACACGGACUCCGACGCUCUCCGCAUCCGCAAACUCCUAACCGGCACACCGCUCCUGGACCGUCCCGUCCUCCCGAAGGUCUACUUCGGCGAACCCACCCCCAUCCUCGCCGACAUGGAAUCGCGCCCUAAGCUCCUCGAGGCCCCUCAAAUCGACAAGCUCUUCUUCAUCAGCCCUCCCCCUUCCCCGCCCCACGGAUGGGUCAUGCGCCAGGAAGAUCCCCCGAACAAGGAAGUCCACGCCAGUGAUCUCGCUCACGCUCUCGCCAAGCUGAAGACCGAGCAGUCCGGUACCGCGGAGGUGACGGAGCCCGUCCCGACGGCCAUGGCAUCCAUUGAGCCCGGGACCCCGAUGUCCAUGACCUCCGAUAAGCGGACGGGGAGCUGGCCCGUGGCCCUGUCACAGACCCGCAGUCGGAGUAGCACGCUGAUCUACCACCCCGAGGACCACGGGGGCAGCCCGAACUUGCCGGCGGUCAUGGUGGAGGAUACGAGCGCCUCUCCGGAUGAGGAUAUGGAUAUGGAUGUCGAGAUGAGCCCGAUCGAGAUGUCGGUGAAGAAGAUGCCGCCCAAGACGUCGCGGCCGCCUGUGGAACUGAUGGAGGGGAUCUGAGUGCAGUGUUGCACUAUUCUCUCUGUCUCCGUUUCUGAGUGUUAUUUUGGCUUUCUUGUACAGUCUGGCGCAUCCGGUUGUUUCUACUCGGCAUGCAUGGGUUCCUUCUUACGCUCGGGAUGCAUUGUUUUUGGGCCAUUGGGGUAUGCAGUUAAUGUUCUCCUGCUCCGACCAUGGAUGGCGUUUUUGGGCUGGGAGAUUGUCUUGUGCACAUAAAGCAUUGGUUAUGAAGCAUUUUUCAGCAUUGUUGGCUUGGUUUGGAUUUUCUCUUCUCCCCUUCUGUCUAUCGGUAUUCGAUUCUACAAACCGGUCUGUAUAUAUAGUGGCAUAAAUAAGACGGGCCUACCCUUUCGAUUGUGCAUCG